AUGGAAGCCAGUGUUGCACUUCCUGAAGGGGCCCCUCCUGCCAGCCAGGUGAGUCAGAUGACAGCCACCUCCAGGCCAGCCCUGCCAUCCGCUAUUGGCUCACCUGCUGCUGCACCCUCAGCAGCCAGGUCUGGUGACCCAGAUGGCAACCAUGCCGACCAUGUCUUUCUGGGCUCUGCUGUCCAGCACAGGCUGGACCAUGCCAUCACUGCAGGCUUCAGUGGAGUAAAUAAAGCUGAGCCCUCAAGGGCUGACAUCACUUGCCAGGAGCCUCAGACAGCCCAACCAGCAUACCAGAAGCAGCAGUUUGGCCGUUGCCACUAUGAGAUGAAACAGUUUUUGGAGUGUGCACAGAACCAGAUUGACCUCAACCUUUGUGAGGGUUUCAGCUAG